GCAUUGCUGCAUUCGUGUUAGCUUCCAUGUUUGUAACUCAGCGAUCGGUCUAUUGGUCCAUUCGCUAUUUAUCUAGUUUUUCUAUGUAUUUAUUUGUAGUUUACGCUUAUUAAACAUAUUUAGAAGAAUUUCCAUAUUAUUAUCAAAGACGAAAGUCAAAAUUAAUUAUUAAUGGGCUAAAUUAACCGCUUUAAGUUUAAUUGUAUGUAAGCCUAAGUUAAUGUGGUUGCCAAAUAACAAAGUGCAUUAGAUUGAGAGAAAAGCUCACAUUUUUAAGUUCCUUUUUUAUUUUAUUUCGUUUUAAUCAUCAUUAAAAGAAAAUGUCUUCGACUGGAUAUAAUUUAGAAGAAUCUAACGCCGAUAGAAAUGUAGAAAUAUGGAAGAUAAAGAAGUUGAUCAAAAGUCUGGAAGCAGCUAGAGGCAAUGGAACUAGUAUGAUAUCAUUAAUAAUUCCACCCAAGGACCAAAUUUCAAGGGUUUCAAAAAUGUUGGCUGAUGAAUUUGGUACAGCAUCUAACAUUAAAAGUCGGGUUAAUAGACUUUCAGUUCUUGGAGCAAUUACAUCUGUACAACAUAGAUUAAAACUUUAUACUAAAGUGCCACCAAAUGGCCUUGUGAUAUAUUGUGGCACAAUAGUAACAGAGGAAGGAAAAGAAAAAAAAGUAAAUAUUGAUUUCGAACCAUUCAAACCGAUUAAUACAUCAUUGUAUUUGUGUGAUAACAAAUUUCACACUGAGGCUUUGUCUGCAUUACUUGCAGAUGAUAAUAAGUUUGGUUUUAUUGUAAUGGAUGGAAAUGGUGCCCUGUUUGGUACACUUCAAGGAAACACUAGAGAAGUUUUGCAUAAAUUUACUGUAGAUCUUCCAAAGAAGCAUGGACGUGGUGGUCAAUCUGCCCUUCGAUUUGCUAGACUACGCAUGGAAAAACGCCAUAACUAUGUCCGUAAAGUGGCUGAAGUUGCUGUGCAGUUGUUUAUUACGAAUGAUAAACCAAACAUUGCAGGAUUAGUUCUUGCUGGUUCUGCUGAUUUUAAAACAGAACUUAGUCAAUCAGAUAUGUUUGAUCCUAGAUUACAAGCUAAAGUUCUGAAGCUUGUUGAUGUAUCUUAUGGAGGUGAAAAUGGUUUUAAUCAAGCUAUAGAAUUAUCUGCAGAAGUUUUAUCAAAUGUGAAGUUUAUUCAGGAAAAGAAACUUAUUGGUCGCUACUUUGAUGAAAUAUCCCAAGAUACUGGUAAAUAUUGUUUUGGUGUUGAUGACACACUUAAAGCUUUAGAAAUGGGAUCAGUGGAAAUACUCAUAGCUUGGGAGAAUUUGGAUAUUGUACGAUACAUUCUGAAGAAUCAUGCCAUGGAUGAAGAAAGAAUACUUCAUUUGACUCCUGAACAAGAGAAAGAUCGAACACAUUUUACUGACAAAGAGACAGGAGUAGAAUUAGAGCUUGUUGAAUCCAUGCCACUUCUAGAAUGGUUAGCUAACAAUUAUAAAAAUUUCGGUGCCACGUUAGAAAUUAUUACAGACAAAUCUCAGGAAGGUUCUCAAUUUGUUAAAGGAUUUGGUGGUAUUGGUGGCUUGUUACGUUACAGAGUGGAUUUCCAAAGUUUGGAAGUUACUGAUGGACUAGAUGAUUAUGACCUAGAUGAAUUGUAAUUGUUUAUAUAAUGAGUUGCUGUGAUAAUUUUUGGGAAACACUAACUUCAUAUGGACAAAAUACCUCUCUUUAAGUUCCUGCUUCCAGGCAGACCAAAUGAAACAACCAUCUGCUGAUUUAAUAGUUCUUCCGUUUUGAUACAGACAUAAUGCCAAUUACAUAUGGUAUCCAGCCAGUGUAAUUACUAUAUUUGUAUCAAGUUCAUUUUUCAGUAAUGAAUUCUUAUGGGAUGGGACUCAAAACAUAUUCCAAAACCAUUCUUUUAUAUCAUUGUUUGUGGAUAUUUUUCAUCAGUUUUUUCCUAGCCAAGUAUGACAAUUCUCUAAAGUUAAGUUCUGUUGCAGCAUACCUGUAUUCGUUAUGAAUACUUGCCUUUAUGGACGAGGUAGCAUAUUUGAAUUUGAAAAUGCUUUUUGAGUAUCAUUAUCUUGGGGCCAGUUGCAUUUCAAUGGGCCUUAAAGGCUUUAUGUGCCUGAUUGGAUUAUCUUGGAUACUUUUAAUUAUAUCCAAGGAUUCCAGUCCAACUGUGCUCUAUGUUGACAGUUUGAUUCCAAUGAAAUAAAAAUUUACUGUCACAUGAAACAUCUCUUUUUAAUUUAAUGAAUUGAUAAAAAAAAAAAAAAGUGAAUAUAAAUAAAAUUGUCCCUUUUAGUUUUUUCA